AUCAGUGAAUAAAGCCAGCCCUCCAGUACAUUCCCCUUCACGCUGAUGUUUUCACUACGUUUUGUAGAUAUUGUUUCAUUCCUGUGUCUUAGAUUAGGCAUGGUAUAAACUUCUUACUCUGCUGCCUGGACAUGGAAAGUCUCAGUAUGGGGAUCAUGCUGUUUCUGUGUUGCAAUUUGGGGUGCUAAGCUUUGCAGCAGAAGCUUUGCAGCAGAAGCAGCUGGUGGACUGCAGUGGGAGGUUUGCUUCAUGUUUUCUCUAACAUCUCCAUUUGCAGAAGGAGAAUUGGUGGUCAGACUGUUUCAGCAUAGUUCCUGUUUGCAUCAGAGAAAACAGCAGCAGAGGACACCAAGUGUCUGAGAUGGCUGGUUGGGGCAUGCUGACCUGGUGUUUGAUUGCACCUGAGCAGUCAUGUCCCCCAGAAGCAGCAUGCUAGGAGAUUGUGCUGCUCUCUUCUCAAAUAGGCUUUGACUUGCAGAAGGAAGCACAGAAAGCACGAGUGGAGGGGAGUGCAUGGCUGUUGCUGCAAUGGUGAGAAGCUCAGGGCUAAGUCCUCUUGACUGUGACCCAUCCUGGGCCAUGGUUUCGAGGUGUCCAAAAGCUGUCAUCCCGUUCAGUGCCACAUGGAGGAGUUCUGCUGGGAUUUCCCUUGCCUCCUUGGCUUUGGUUAUUCGUAGAAUCAUAGAAUGGCUUGGAUUGAAAGGGACCUCAAGGAUCAUCAAGCUCCAACUGCCCUGCUGCAGGCAGGGCUGCCAACCUCCACGUUUAAUACUAGACCAGGUAUUCCUGGCUGGCAGCUCAGAAAUACCAACCUCUCACAGGAGUUUCUGAACUGCCCAGGAAAACUGAUCUGAGCUGGGAGCUCUUGUGAGGUAUUUCCCAUCACAGAAGUGUGUUUGCAUGAGCACAGCUCAUGUGAUGGUGACUUUGUAGCUCAUGUCUAGGAUCAAGACAAGUAAAGAAUAGUAUAUGGAACACAAAUGUGUGUGCAGCCAAGGCUUGCAGUGCAGCAGUCUGCAGGAUAAACAGUUGGCUUCAGCCCAUGGGGAUCUGGCAGCACAGAGUUCAUGCUGAAACGUAGAAAUAACUGAUGACAAGGGCAGGCUGCCACUUUUCUCUAUUCAUUUCAUCUCUUAAUGAGACUCACCCAGUCCUGCUACUGGGGACUGCCAGCAGGGAGGCCCUGCACAAAGCCCUCAAUUAUGUUCCACCUGCAUGCCUCCAGCUGGCUCACAAGGUAAGCAGGAAGAGUGCUUCUCUACCACUGACAGUAUAACUCUGCACCCCUGGCUGUCCCCCCUCCUUCCUCCUCUCCCCUGGCUGCAGCUCUAAGGUUUCAUCCUCCUCGCAGGUCUGAGCUGAGGAGCACCUGGCUGGAACUCCUUUGGCCACAAGGAUCGCGCAUUCACGUUUUGCAGGUGUGUGCUUAAGUUUCCUGAGCACGUUCAGAGCUCAAGAUCAUGCCCAGUCUGUGUAUCAGCAGGACGCAGAGCUGCAGGAGCAAGGUUGUCAUCUGAAGUGGAGGAUGGAGGGUGGGAACAGCCCCAGCGACGCUGUCUCUGCAGGCAGGAGGUUUGCAGCACGAUUCACAAACCCUCCCAGGACAUUCUGGAUCAUCUUGUCCAUCACAUUGCUUUUUGCAGCUGUUGGCAUCAGCGUUGGGGGGAUUCUUUGCUUCUCCCAUAGCUCUGCCCAGGCUGGACCACAGCUCAGCCGGAUCACACUGCACGGGGAGCAGGACGUGCCGAGGAACCAAACAGCCACAGUUGAUGUGUCCAGGAGCACUGUCACCUAUUACAUCACCUCACGGAGUAACCGCAGUGCCAUUGUGCUGUACGACAGCCAGCAUGGCUACGUGUGCUACAGACCUGCAGAGCAGCAUGCCUGCUACCUGCGCACAAUGGACCCUGAGGACCGUGAAACCGCACAGGUGAUGCUGAGUGCAACUGAGCAGAGGGGUGACAAACUGCUACUCCGGAAUAACCAGACCAAGUACUACAGGGAGUUCCUGGGCAUCGUGGCAGGGAAACAAGUGGACCCCAACGGCCUGGGUGAGGCCAUCCAAGCUCUCUGUGAGCAGACGUCCAUCUUCUGGGUCCAGAGAGCAGAUGGUAAGCUGCAUCUCCUUUUGCAGAAGAGGAAAGCAACUUUGGUUGAGGACCUCAAUAAGAGCAGGGCUGUGCUGCACAAAAGUGAAUGGGCUGCCAAGGCAGGGACAGGUGACCUCUGCUUCAAAAUCAGGCCAUUGUUCAGUCAUUGCUGAACUGCUGGCUCACACCCACAACCCGCAGCGAGAUGCAGUGCUGCUUGGAGGCUCUGUGCCCCUUCCCUGAGCAGCACGGCUCUGGCUCUCUGCGAUGCUGUUGGCUUAACACCUGUCACCUUCACUUUCCCUAGAGGCAAUCUGCAGCUCUCACCCUGGCCUUUCUUCUGCUUUAACGAGAAAGGUCAUUCCCUGAGGCAUUCCACGAGUUUGGCUCUCUAGAGACUCAUAGCUACAGGGCUGCAAAAGCAUUCCUCUCACCAUGUUUCUUGUCCUUGCUCAUUUGGCAGGUCCAGGGAAGCAGCGGUUGAUCUACCUUUGCAUUGACAUAUGUUUUCCAAGCAAUA